AAAAGAGGCCGCCAUGUUGGGUCCUAAGACUUCAGUAGCAGCAGGAGCUUGUGCGUGAGGCGUAAAGGAGAGGAGUGGGCGAGAAGGAGGUCGGCGGCAAGAGGAAAAGGAAAAGGAAACCGGAGGAGGGAGCACAAGCGAGCACCGCCGCCGGCCUGCUUUUGCCGCACGAAGAAGAUGCCCUGAGCGCGGCGGACUGAGGCAGGGGCAGCAUCUCUUCAUCCCCUGCACUGGGAAAUAGCAGCGCCGCCCCCAGCAUCUUCUGAAGGAAGGAAGGAAGGAAGGGAGGGGGGGGGGGGGGCAGAGAAGCUGCGAUAUCCUGACACCCUUAGUCAUCCUGUCCCCCAAGACAAACAAGGAGCAAGAGGACACGCACCGACAUGAGAAGGAUUUGCUAGGAUUAGUACCAGCCCAGCUUCCUCAGAGCCGGGUGAAUUCAAGGGAGGGCGAAUAUUAUUUUGCCCUCCACGCCCUCCCCUCCAAUAUCUCGUGGAGGGAGUUAAGGAAAUGAAGGCUAAACGUUUUAUUUUUGGAUAGCUGAAGAGGCUUGAGAAGACUUGGCAACGGAAGGGAGGAAGACCUAUCCUGCCACAGAGGAAAGGCUCUGUUUCUGGGGUCUUUUCCCCACCUUCUCUUCUCCCCACCCCCACUCUCUGAAGGAUUGCCACUGAUGCAUUUUCCAAGGGGUGGUGGAAGUGGAGGUGGUGGAGGAGGCGGCGGCGGAGGAGAAGGUGGCGGAGGAGGCGGAUAUGCUCCAGCACUAGACCUCCCAAAUCCUAUGCAUUUUAUUUUUGGCCCUCCUCUCUUCAAAUAUCUUUCUGCGGCUCUUUCCAUGAAAGUCGAUUGCUGAUGCAAAUUGAAUGGGGAUUUUACACUUUAAUGAUGCAGUAGGAUUCAUUUCGGGAUUAUGUUGCAUGAUCUGAAUUUUGAAUGAAGGAGGAGACCUUUAAAAUCUAUCUAUAUCUAUCUAUAUAUACAUAUAUGGAAGAAGAGUGCAGUCAGUCUUGGGUUGAAAAUUUUAAUUAUUAUUAUUUAAAUGUAUAAAGUAUAUAUUUUCUUUUAAAGGUAUUAAAAGAGAUUUUAGGGUAAUUAUUUUUCUUUAAUAUUCUGUAUAUAUUGUAUAUGUGUGUGAAAAAACCUGACCAAGAUACAGUUCCCAGAAUUGGAAUUCUGGGAUGGAUUGUAUGUUCAGCACCAUCCCUGAAGCACUGACUUUUCAAAAUACUUUUUAGAAACUGUAAUACAUUCUAAUGUUUUAGGUUUUUUCAAAAAAAACAACAACUAAUAAUAAAGAGAGAAGACUCCCUAAAACUGAAGCAGCCAUGUCUGGAGAAGUGCGCUUGAGACAGUUGGAACAGUUUAUUUUGGAUGGGCCAACACAGACAAAUGGGCAAUGCUUUAGUGUGGAAACCUUGCUGGAUAUACUCAUCUGCCUUUAUGAUGAAUGUAAUAAUUCACCUCUGAGGAGAGAGAAAAAUAUUCUGGAGUAUCUAGAAUGGGCCAAGCCUUUCACUUCUAAAGUGAAACAGAUGCGACUACAUAAAGAAGACUUUGAAAUCUUGAAGGUGAUUGGCCGCGGAGCCUUUGGAGAGGUUGCAGUAGUGAAAUUGAAAAAUGCAGAUAAGGUAUUUGCCAUGAAAAUAUUAAAUAAAUGGGAGAUGCUGAAAAGAGCUGAGACAGCUUGUUUUCGAGAAGAGAGGGAUGUAUUGGUGAAUGGAGAUAACCAAUGGAUUACAACACUGCACUAUGCCUUCCAGGAUGAAAACUAUUUAUAUCUGGUUAUGGAUUACUAUGUUGGUGGAGAUCUGCUUACAUUGCUGAGUAAGUUUGAGGACAGACUGCCUGAAGAAAUGGCUCGCUUUUAUUUGGCUGAAAUGGUGGUUGCAAUUGAUUCUGUACAUCAGUUACAUUAUGUCCACAGGGACAUCAAGCCAGACAACAUCCUGAUGGAUAUGAAUGGACAUAUUCGGUUAGCAGAUUUUGGUUCUUGUCUGAAACUGAUGGAAGAUGGAACGGUUCAAUCUUCAGUGGCAGUUGGAACACCUGACUACAUCUCACCAGAGAUCCUGCAAGCCAUGGAAGAUGGCAAAGGGAAGUAUGGUCCUGAAUGUGACUGGUGGUCGCUUGGUGUCUGCAUGUAUGAAAUGCUUUAUGGAGAAACACCUUUUUAUGCAGAGUCCCUGGUGGAGACCUAUGGAAAGAUAAUGAACCACAAAGAGAGGUUUCAGUUUCCUGUGCAAGUGACAGAUGUAUCUGAACAUGCCAAGGACCUAAUUCGAAGGCUUAUCUGCAGCAGAGAGCAUAGACUUGGGCAGAAUGGAAUAGAAGACUUUAAAAGCCACCCAUUUUUUUCAGGGAUCGACUGGGAUAAUAUUAGAAACUGUGAAGCACCUUACAUCCCUGAAGUCAGCAGUCCAACAGAUACAUCAAAUUUUGAUGUAGAUGAUGAUUGUUUAAAGAAUUCUGAGACAAUGCCCCCACCAACACAUACUGCAUUUUCUGGCCAUCACCUGCCAUUUGUAGGCUUCACAUACACAAGUAGCUGUGUCCUUUCAGACCGCAGUAGUCUAAGAUUUGCAGCUGGGCAACGUGCUAUGGACCUUGAUGCCAGUGUUCAAAGAACCCUUGAAGAUACUUUAGCCACAGAAGCAUAUGAGCGACGAAUAAGGCGUCUCGAGCAGGAAAAACUUGAACUAAGCAGAAAACUUCAAGAGUCUACACAAACAAUCCAGGCCCUGCACUAUUCAACUGUAGAUGGUCCAUUAACAGUAAGCAAAGAUACAGAAAUUAAAAGCCUAAAAGAAGAAAUUGAAAAGCUAAGAAAACAGGUGACUGAUUCUGGACAUCUAGAGCAGCAACUUGAAGAAGCCAGUUCUGCAAGACGAGAUUUAGAAGAUGCUGCCAGACAAAUCAAAGCUUUUGAGAAGCAAAUCAAAGCACUAAAGCAAGAGAGGGAUGAUCUUAAUAAGGAACUGAUGGAGUCUAGUGAAAGAUUAAAGAUCCAAACCAAAGAGUUGAAAGAUGCACACAGCCAGAGGAAACUAGCCAUGCAGGAAUUCUCUGAGAUGAAUGAGCGACUUACUGACUUACAUUCACAAAAACAGAAACUUACCCGUCAGGUCAGAGAUAAGGAAGAAGAGAUGGAAGUGGUGAUGCAAAAAGUGGAAAGCUUAAGGCAAGAGCUACGCAGAACAGACAGAAUGAAAAAAGAACUGGAAGUACAUGCUGAAGCUGCAGCUGCUGAGGCAUCCAAGGACAGGAAAUUGCGUGAGCGAAGUGAACAGUAUUCUAAGCAGCUGGAAAAUGAGUUAGAAGGACUAAAGCAGAAACAAAUUGGUCGCUCCCCAGGAGUGAGCAGCACAGAACAUCAGCAAGAGAUCACCAAAUUAAAAGCCGACUUGGAUAAGAAAAUUGUUUUUUAUGAAGAGGAAAUAUCUAAACGAGAAGUACUACAUUCAAAUGAAAUUAAAAAUCUGAAGAAAGAACUGCGUGAUGCAGAGAGCCAACAGCUUGCUCUCAAAAAAGAAAUCCUCAUCUUGAAAGACAAGCUAGAGAAGACAAGGAGAGAAAGCCAAAGUGAAAGGGAGGAGUUUGAAACAGAGUUCAAGCAAAAAUAUGAACGAGAGAAGGUUCUGUUAACUGAGGAGAACAAAAAGCUUUCCAGUGAACUUGAUAAGCUAACAGCCAUGUAUGAAAGAUUAAGUAUGAGUAAUCGGCAGUUGGAAGAAGAGAUGAGAGACCUUGCUGACAAAAAAGAAUCUGUAGCACACUGGGAAGCCCAGAUCACUGAGAUCAUCCAGUGGGUGAGUGAUGAAAAGGAUGCUCGAGGCUACCUUCAAGCCUUAGCCUCCAAAAUGACUGAAGAGCUAGAGGCCCUGAGGAAUUCCAGUUUGGGUGCAAGAGCAACGGACAUGCCCUGGAAGAUGCGCCGCUUUGCAAAACUGGAUAUGUCUGCGAGGUUAGAACUACAGUCAGCCCUUGAUGCAGAAAUACGAGCCAAACAAGCCAUUCAAGAGGAGCUAAAUAAAGUUAAAGCUUGCAAUAUUGCAACAGAAUGCAAACUACAGGAAUCUGACAAGAAGAAUUCUGAGCUACUGUCAGAAAUAGAGAGGCUGAAAAAAGAGAUAGAACUACUCCAAUCAGAAAAGGGUAUGGAAAUUGGUGUUCAAGUAAACCAAGGCAGAAUUGACUCCACAGUGGUGGGUAUAUCUUAUCAAAUAAAAUGUUCUCUUACAACAUCCGCUGAAUGCUCAGAGUCAGCUAUUCGACCAAUAGCUAAGAGCUCUGGGACUUCAAAGGAGCUUCCUAAUCGGUCUCAGUCUCCCAAAAAGCAAAAGGAGAAACAGAAGCAUCUUGAAACCAGAGAUACUGAAAAACAAAAAUGGAAGGAGAAGCCAGAAAAGAAACGCAAAUGGCACACCCAUUCGGCUCACACAGAAGUUCCAUACCAGAUAGAAAUGGAACCAAGUCCUCCAGUUCAAAUCACAUCAGUACAAAUAACUUCGAGUCCGCCUUGUCUCCUCCUUUUUCUGUUAAAGCGCUCCCCUUCCUGUAUUCCAGCUCACAAAGGCAGACGUAUUGAUUCUGUUGAAAAUUUUACCUUAUCUAAUACGCCUUCGCGGGAUGAAGAUAUCAAGUGUCACCUCCAUUCAAGAUCUAGGUCCCCCUCCACAGCUAGUGACAUUGAACCAAUUGAGGUUUCAGAUCAUCCUCUGCGUCCAGUUCAUACACCAACCAUGAGGUCACCGUAUAUUGGUUCAGGACUCUCUGUGCCAAAGCCUAAGGCCCAUCAGUUUGUAGUGAAAUCCUUUAAUACCCCUACCAAAUGCAAUCAAUGCACAUCUUUGAUGGUUGGCUUAAUAAGGCAGGGCUGUACCUGUGAAGUGUGUGGAUUUUCAUGCCAUGUGACCUGUGCAGACAAGGCUCCAGCAGUGUGUCCAAUCCCACCGGAACAGACAAAGGGUCCUCUGGGGAUUGACCCACAAAAAGGCAUAGGAACUGCUUAUGAAGGGCAUGUCAGGGUCCCCAAACCAGCUGGAGUGAAGAAAGGCUGGCAGAGAGCCCUGGCUGUUGUUUGUGACUUCAAGCUCUUCCUUUAUGAUAUAGCAGAAGGAAAAGCAUCACAACCCAGUGUGGUAGUGAGUCAGGUUCUUGAUAUGAGAGAUGAAGAAUUCUCGGUGAGUUCUGUCUUGGCUUCUGAUGUCAUCCAUGCAAAUCGAAAAGAUAUUCCCUGUAUCUUCAGAGUUACAGCUUCCCAGCUAUCGGCAUCCAGUAACAAGUGUUCAAUCCUGAUCCUAGCUGACAGUGAGAAUGAAAAGAGCAAAUGGGUAGGAGUCCUGAAUGAAUUGCACAGGAUUUUAAAGAAGAACAAGCUCAAAGAUCGCUCUGUCUAUGCUCCUAAAGAGGCCUAUGACAGCACCUUGCCCCUCAUUAAAACCACCCAGGCAGCAGCAAUCAUAGAUCAUGAAAGAAUAGCUCUGGGCAAUGAAGAAGGGUUAUUUGUGGUGCAUGUAACCAAGGAUGAGAUAAUCCGUGUUGGUGACAGUAAGAAAGUUCAUCAGAUUGAACUCAUCCCAAACGAACAGCUUAUUGCAGUGAUCUCAGGACGAAACCGGCAUGUGCGGCUAUUCCCUAUGGCAGCCCUCGAUGGACGAGAAACUGAUUUUUAUAAAUUGGCAGAGACAAAGGGUUGCCAGACCAUAGUUUCCGGACAAGUGCGCCAUGGAGCCCUUACCUGCCUGUGUGUGGCAAUGAAAAGACAAGUCCUCUGCUAUGAACUAAAUCACAGCAAAGCGCGUCACAAAAAGAUUAAAGAGAUCCAAGUGGCUGGGAAUGUCCAGUGGAUGGCAAUCUUCAGUGAGCGGCUUUGUGUUGGUUACCAGUCAGGAUUCUUAAAAUACCCAUUGCAUGGAGAAGGAAAUCCACAUAGUUUGCUUCACCCAGAUGAUCACACACUAUCAUUCAUUGCACAACAGCCAACUGAUGCCAUCUGUGCAGUUGAAAUCUCAAAUAAGGAAUACCUGCUGUGUUUUAGCAGCGUUGGGGUUUAUGUGGACUGUCAAGGUCGAAGGUCUAGACAACAGGAACUGAUGUGGCCUGCAACACCUUCCUCCUCCUGUUACAAUGCACCAUACCUCUCACUAUACAGUGAAAAUGCAGUUGAUAUAUUUGACGUGAACUCCAUGGAGUGGAUUCAAACUAUCCCCCUUAAGAAGGUACGUCCUUUGAACACAGAAGGAUCACUCAAUGUUCUGGGACUAGAAACAAUUAGGUUAAUAUAUUUUAAAAACAAGAUGGCAGAGGGUGAUGAACUGGUGGUUCCUGAAACAUCAGAUAACAGCCGGAAGCAAAUGGUUCGAAAUAUCAACAAUAAGCGGCGUUACUCGUUCAGAGUGCCUGAGGAGGAGAGGAUGCAACAGAGGAGGGAGAUGCUACGAGAUCCAGAAAUGAGAAAUAAAUUAAUUUCUAACCCAACUAACUUUAACCAUAUAGCACACAUGGGCCCAGGAGAUGGCAUACAGAUCCUCAAAGACCUACCUAUGCCAAGCUCCCCUUGUCCAUCCCCUCAUCAUCACUCCCGCAUCAUCUCUUCUCCAAGCAACUUCGAGCACAUCUAUCACAUGACUGUUAAUUCAGCUGAAAAUUUCCUCUCCCAUGUUUCCGUAAACCCUGCAUAUCCCCCACCUCUACGCUCUCUCCCUCGCACGCCAGCAUUUAUGAAUCUGAGGAACCUUCGACCUCAGGAAAGCCGGACCAUGUUUAGUGGUUCUGUCAGUAUCCCAUCUAUCACAAAAUCUCGUACUGAACCAGGACGCUCCAUGAGUGCUAGCAGCGGUUUGGCAGCAAGAUCAUCAGCGCAGAAUGGCAGUGCAUUGCGGAGGGAGUUCUCUGGAGGUAGCUAUGGAGCGAAGCGUCAGCCAAUGGCAUCCCCUUCAGACGGCUCCUUGUCCUCUGGCGGUUUGGACCAAGGGAGUGAUGCGCCCGCAAGGGACUAUGAGCGAGAGGACUCUGACUCUCCAAGGCAUUCGACAGCUUCUAACAGCUCCAACCUGAGCAGCCCUCCCAGCCCCAUCUCUCCUCACAAGACCAAGAGCCUCUCCCUAGAGAGCUCUGACCACGUGAGUUGGGACACAUGAACUGCUUCUGCACUCCGAUUUGGCAUCUCAGCAGCUUAUUGUCCCCCAUGACUCUCCGUUUGCUGCUACUGUCGUCACCCCUCAGCUUCCCUCCAACACAAACUCUGGGAGGGAGGGGAGGAAGAGAAUCUCUUUGCCUUCUGUGGCACAAGCAGCGUCCAGCUCACCAAUCCCUCACUCCAGGUUAAUAGUAGCAGCAAGCCAGAGAACCUCUUGGUGGAGGGUGGGGCUUGAUAUACAAGAAAUAUUGGUAUAUUUGUAUUAGUAUUGAUUUUAUUUCAUAGGAUUGCAGCUGUUUCCAUUAUUAUGGGCAUAUUCCACCCAACACUUCCAACUGAAUCCAGUAGUAUAGACUGACCAAGACACAAUCUUUAAGAGAAGAUCAGAUAGAUUCUGCAUCGACACACACAGUAGCAUAUUAUAUUUUUUCAAGAGUAGCACAGCAAAACCCCUUCACUUCUUGUGAUGGGGCAAAAGCGCCCUGCAGGGGAAGAUACACAUGCUUUCUGCCAGUCACUCUGUUUGAAUGUCAGUCUGAUUGUUGCCAGCAAAUCUUUAUUGAUUUUUUAAAAAAUGAUGCAUAUUUUACUACCGUACAGAGUUUAAGUAAAUACGCAAAAGGAAGAGUUCGUAUGUAUGUAUAUAAAAGAAAAAGAAGCAGCAUUGCGGUGCCGCAGAAGAUGGGUUCCUAUUUAAGAGAUCCUUUAAUUUAAGAAGACUUGUGUUGUUCCCUUUUUCAUACAAAAUACAGUUUGAGGGUAUGAUAUGGAUAUAGAACAGGGCACUGGAUGUAAAACAUGCCGCCUGGAGGAAGACGACGAUGUUUAUUUUCUGUCAGUAGAACUAAAGCCAUAACCCUCCUUUUUAAACUCUUGCUCUCUCCUUCACUCUGCAAGCAAAAGCCUUGACUACUUGCCCGGCUACAGACAGGAAGUGGCUCAAGGGCAGUUUAGUGGAGAAUCCAUAUUCACCCCCAAGAAACAAGAGAAUCAAAGCAGGCAGUCAGUGCAAAGGGGUAAGAAGAUUUGGAAGGGUUGAGCUGGGCCUUCGAACCUGUUCAGCCAUUUAAUAACUGCUAGAUCUUCAGUACACGAGCCCCUCUAGCUACAUUAGUCAAUUGCAACACUAAUUCUGAAAUAAAAUUCGAAAUACAGAGUCUGAUGCUCUUGCACACUGAAGGCUAAAAUGCUGCUGUUGGUCUUACACCUUGUGCAGUCACUACGUGGCCCAAGACUUCCCUUCUGAAGAUUUUUGUUACCAUCUCCUCCCUGUCCCUCAAACCUGACCCAGUUAAUUUUUUUCUUUUUUUUUGGGGGGGGGGGCAUAAAAUGCUGUGGUGGUUGCAUUCAGCAGAGAAGCAUUUGGCAGUGCAAAAGAAGACAAUGGAGAGCCACCAGCCCCAGAAAGAAACAAAUGUAAAUUCAGCAUGCAAAUAGGGGAUAAGAGCAGCCCUCCCAAACCUCUUUUUCCACCUCUUUCUUCUUGAGCAAGAUGAGUGCAGUUUGCAUUUUCAGACUAGAUUAAUGUGAUUUUUUUCAUCUCCUUGGAAUUAUUGCAAUCUUGUGCUGUGACCGGGCUGAAGUAAACAACACCUAAGUAGAGCGGUGUUUUUAAAAUUUAGACUAUUCAUUUGCUGGAGUUUGGUAGCAUUUCUCAGGCCAUCAGACCAUCCCAAGCCCUUCUGGGCAGCAGGAAAACCUGAAAAGUGCACCUAAUGGAGGUUCCAGGUUUUCUCUGAACAUAGUCAGCUAUGGCCGUGCAAAGUACAGAUGGCAAAGAACUAUGAGACGCAUGCAGAUCGUGAUCUUGCCCCAUCCAACUGUAUGGCGCUUGCUAGUUGUUGGUAGGCUACUUGUUGGUUCUGCCCACUUAGUUAUUUGAUACUGCAGAGGCAGGGAAGACACACCAUUUUUAAUUACAUACGGUGCCCUAACCCUGUCUCUUGAAUUCAGCUCAUCAAGAACAUCAAAAUCUUUUCUUGUCACGGGUAUAAAGAAGGGAUGUGCACCUUUGCAUUUUAUAGCAAGCCACUGGCUUUCCUGUUCCGCAAGCUCUUCUCAAACGGACAGUACCUGGUCCUGUGCCCUGUUUCAUUUCCAGGCAUCUCUUCUUUUCUAUGAUGUCCCUCAUCCAGCCACUGUUCCCUAGAGGUUAGCAUUAUACAGCCCAAUUCUGUAACAGAACUAAACUGCUUGAAUGGCAUCUUCUACGUGAGCUUUAAGGCUGCCAGGCCUCAAGCUAUCCAGGCAGCCUGUGUGGUCAUCCCCUUCAGAAGUCAUCUCUGCAGUCUUGUGAGUGAUCUGUGCUUCAUCUGAAAAUGGAAGCUGAGACAGCACCUUGGGUAUUUUUCAGAAUGGUAAUGGGAAGAAAUUAACACCCUAAGAAUUAUGCUUUAUAGAAUAUCGGGCUAUCCAUAAACCAUUGCUAUCAUUUGUUAUGAUGCCAUCAUUCUUGAACGCACAAGGGCCUCAUAGUGUCUUACAAACAUUCGUUUCCAGCCAUGCCCGGUGCAAAGCUUUAAUAGUUCUGAAACGCUUAGCUGACCAAGUUGAGAUCUGUCGCUAUGCACGGCUCACAUUUUCCAUUGAUUACAUUUCUCCAGACACUUUAACAGCCUCUAUUGGAAUCCUGACUAAUUUGAUAAGCAUCUCCGCGUGUUUCCCGAACGCUUUGCUUUGGCCUGAUUCAGGCACCUGAAAACAGCACCCCAUUAUUCCUGAGGCUCAAUGAAUUGGUUUUUAUUGUAAACAAAACUCCACUCGUAUAGCUUGCCUGAGGCUCCAUUGUGUUUUUCUGUAUUAAAUGCACACAACCUAUACAUUAGUUUUUCCUUUCAAAAAAGUUCCUGUUGUAUUAUUUUUUCUUCUCCUGAACUACUAUUUCAUUAACUGACUUCUUCUAAAGAUUGAGUUGUGUGUUCUUUGUUUUUUGUUUUAACCUGAAUUUUUUAGAACAGGAGUUUUGAUUUUGGAAAAAAUUAUAUAGCUGACAGUUGCAUUAACUCUCAGGUAUUAGAAAACAGCAGUGUGUCUCCUGACAGAAAAUGGAAAUGGAGGGGUGCAUUUUGGGCACGAGGCUCAACACAAGACAUUCUUGACGCACAUAAAGCUUUUGUUCUGAAAUGAUGCAGAGUUGGCAAUAGAUGGAGCUCAGGAUGACAACUUAAAGGCCCUGAAAGCAGAAAAAAUUGUCUAGCCCUUUAGCUGGUGAGUUUAAACACACACACACCCCAUCACUAUCAUCACCAGCAGUGGCAGCAGCAGCAACAGUUGGUUUUUCUGGCCUGUUACUAAAUUAAUAAUUAGGAAUCCAAAAUCUGGCUAGCUGGGAUUUCCUUAGCCUUAGACAAUUUCACCACAGCUGUGAAAGUUACCUCUGUACAACCUGGGUUCCAUAUAUGGAUGCCCUUUUGGAGACCUCAGGAAGUGCACAUGCCUUGGGGUGAAUAUUAUUAAGAAACUCAUGACAAAAACUUAGUCCAGGGCAUGAAGGCUUUGUGUCUGGAGGUUAACAAGGGCACUGGCCUGUUUCAUCCAAAAGUGUCAUCACCCAGCUUCUCCUGGAAUAUAGUUCUGGGCUUUUAACUCCUCAUCCACAAGAGGACCUUCAGGAAUCAUGUAAACUGUAGAUUUUCAACUUUUAAGACCAUGUUGUGCAUUAAGGCAGUUCCACACAACUUGUCAUCUUUUUCUGUCUAUAUAAAAACUCUCCCAUCCUGCAUAAGAACUUGUCUUACUCAUGAGGAAGCAAUCCACAACCAAAAACCAGUGUUGGUAUUUCACAGCAAUUAUACCUGCCUUUUUAUGUAUGAUGGUUUCAUAUCAUUUAUUUUUUAAAAAGAUAUUUUUAGGGAUUUUUUCAUUGUAAUAUUAUUGUACAGUUUUGCAUGGCCUAGAUGUAAUCACUUUUUUGUUUUGUUUUAGAGUAUAAAAGCUGACAAGUGUGCGUGUGGGGGAAAGAUUCUGCUUUUUGCCUCUUCUCACUCCUCUCUUCUUCUUUGGUUUAUGCCCUCAGCGUUAUAGAGGACAUCGUAAAAGAUUCUCUGCUCCAGAACAAUGAUGUA